AUGGCCUCCAGCCUCACCAUGUUCGUGGGCAACUUGGUGUUGGCGGAGAUCAGCGAGCAUCGGGCCGUCAAGGGCGACGUCAACAGGCUCAAGAAGAACUACGAGCGGGUGGCGCUGAUGAUGGAGUCGGCGGAGCGCAAGGUGAUGCUGGACGACGAGGUGGGCAGGUACUGGCUCAAGCGGGUCAAGGACCACAUGUACCAGGUCGAGAACGUCGUCGACCAAUGGAUCAUCAAGAACGACAAGCCCAGGGGAUCUCUCAGAAGGACGAUUAGCUGUGGUGAUCAUUCUGGUCUCAUAAAAGUUGCUGCCGCCAUAAAGGAGUUGAAUGUGGAUUUUGAGAGCAUACUGAAGCUUCCAGUUGAGACCAAGACAAACCAGCACGCAAUUCGAUCAUAUGGAAAGACAGCACCUGACUGCAAUGCUGAUAUUAUUGGUGACUAUGUUGACAGCGAUGCUAGUGAUAUAAUUGAGUUAUUACAUAGUUCCAAGAAAAGAUGUCGUCUUAUUGCGAUAGUUGGAAUGGUUGGAAUUGGCAAGACUACUCUUGCUCGGAGGAUAUAUCACAGAGUCAAGGUUGGUGAUGGUAACACUCAUCACUUUGAGAAAAAAUUAUGGAUACGUUUCUCCAUUGAUUUGAGUUCACUAAUAAUGUGGUCAGAUCGUCGUAAGGAAGGACCAACUAAAGCUCAACUACAGAACCUGGGGGCUGAAAUAGCUAAUAAGAAAUUCUUGCUAGUAGUUGAUUCUAUCUGGACAGAAAAUGUUUGGGAGGCGUUGUUGGAGGGUCCUCUGCAGCAGGGCAACAGUGAAAGCAGUAGAGUGAUAGUAAUUACCAGAAAUAAGCAUAUUGCUAAAAGAAUCGGGGCUGGUCAUAUCCAUUAUGUCAAAAGGAUGAACAACAUUGAUGCUUUGAGCUUGCUGUUUCGAAGAGCUUCGAUUAGUGAGAAUGACGAAGCAGACUUAAAGGACAUUGGGCAACAGAUAGUCAAGAAAUGUGAUGGUCUCCCGCUUGCCAUCAGGAGUAUAGGGCGGACUCUAAGGGGCCAUGAGCCGACAAGGCAUGACUGGGAGACUGUCUACCGGACUGCAUUUCAGGACCUUUCACCAGAGGAACAAUACAUGAUCAACUUGAGUUUUCAGAAUUUGCCAUCUUACAUGAGGCAGUGCUUUCUUUACUGUUCAGUCUUUCCUGAAAAUUUCUUCAUCGAGAAACAGUACAUUAUACAACAAUGGAUCUCUGAGGGCUUCAUUGUGGAGAAGAGAAAACUCACCAUGGAAGAGGUUGCGGAGUAUUAUUUUGAUGAGUUGAUUGGAAGAGGUCUCCUCCAUCUUGAGUUUGGGAAUGCUGGUGCCAUAGGAGCGAAGAUGCCUAUCAUGAUCCGCUCCUUUGCGAAGGAUGUGUCUGAUUAUGAAAACUUCUGCAAUGAAUCAGUUUCUAUAACAAAUCUUUUUGAAGUACGACGACUAUCAAUAGUUGAAAACAAUGAGUUUAAGGAUCACAAUGAUGAUGGCAAUGAAAAUGAAAAUGGUGACAGUGGUGAGAUCAUAGGAGCAGAAGAAAAUAUCAAUGACAACACGGCAAAUAAUAACCACAGAAAUAAUAAUGAAGCCAGAAGAGAGGCAAACACUGGAGAAAGCGUAUCGCUGCAUGGACUAAGAAGGAUGAAGUACCUGAGGACACUAGUACUUCAUAAGAGCACAAUACCAGAUGGCAUUCAAGUGGACAUGUUCAAACAACUAAAUCUUUUAAGAGUGCUUGACCUACGUGAAGUGCAAGGUAUUAGGGCUCUACCUAUUUCUAUAGGAAGCCUAGAGCAUCUUCGAUACUUGAAUAUUUCUGAAACAAAUAUAAGAAAAGUCCCUAGGAGCAUAGUAUACCUAAGGAUGCUCCAGUAUUUGCUCCUCAGGAACUGCUCAGAAAUACAGACACUUCCAAAGGGCAUAAGGCAGCUAAGAUAUUUGAGGUGCCUUGACAUUUCUGGUACUGGUAUCAAGGAUAUAAACUGGAGCUUUUCUGGCAUGGAAGAGCUUAUCUCUAUGCAAGGCUUCCCCAUAGGAGAUAAUAUUGGUUCGCUACAGUCACUGGAUCUUAAAUUUCCGAAGAAACUUGAUAUUCUUCGUAUUGAUGGGCUAGAGGAAAUACUGGAACCUCCACCUGAAAAUAAAUGGCCAAUUAAAAAGUAUCAGCUCAAGGAGCUUGAGCUAUGUUACAUUAAUGUUGACCCUCCAUUGGUGCCAGACGACACAAUAGACAAAAGAAGGCAAGUUCUCGACAGAUUUGUCCCUCACAAACGCCUAGUGCAUCUCAAAAUUCAGAACUACUAUGGGAAGCAGUACCCUUCAUGGAUAUUGACGCUCUCAAACCUCCAUGGACUCCACCUCCAAAACUGUGUAUGGUGCAAGAAACUCCCUUCAUUGGGAGAGCUGCCACAGCUCAAGUUUCUAGCUGUGACAGGCUUUGACAAUUUAUGCUCACUUGGAAUGGAGUUUAGGGGUGAUCUGCAGGGCAAGGUAGCAUUUCGCAGGCUCCAGCAGCUUUUCAUUGGUGACAUGAAAGCUCUGCAUACAUGGUCUGAUCUACAGAGCCACGAUCUGCCGCAACUUCAGAUACUCAGGUUAUUGGGAUGCAUAAAUUUGGUAGUCAUUCCUCUCAUUCUUCAAGAGUCAACAACACUAAUGAGGUUGGAGGUUGAUACCAGAACUAAGACUAUGAUCGAGGAUAAGCUCCAAGGCUUCACAAAGGGUAAAGUAGUCAAUAUGGAUGACACAUGGGAACUACAACAAGACAGAAUUGUUAUAGCAGAUGUGGCUCCACAAAAUGUGCACCCUCCUCAUCAACAAGAUGAAAUCGUUGAAGCAGCAGACCAACAAAAUGCACACCCCUCCCAGCAAGAUGAAAUUGUUCAAGCAACAGUGGCCCCACAAAAUGCACAACCUCCACAACAAGAAAUUGUUGAAGCGGAAGUUGCCCCACAAAAUACACACCCUCAUGAACAAGACGAAGUUGUUGAAGAGAGAGUGGCCCUACAGAAAAAGAUGCCCAAAAUAUUCCAGCUUGACAUAAUCAAUGUUGUCCUUACCAUCUUUGCUACCACUAUACUUUGCUCCAUUUUGUAUCUACUCUAUGUGCUAAGAUCCUGA